UUCAAUUCAAUUUUAUUUAUAUAGCGGCAAUUACAAUUUACACUGUUGAGGUCCACAAUAGGACACUUCAUUGAAUCCAGUUCAAUUAAAUUUUAUUUAUAGUUACCCCUGUCAGUCUAUUUCACAAAGACACAGUCGGACAACUACCAUCUCAGUGAGUGUUGGAAAGAGACAACAAAAUUAGGCUUUUGACUCUGACGACUCUGCUUUAGCUCUUCAGGAUCCCGUCACCUUCCUGUGGGCAGCUGGCCUCUUUUUAGCGUCUAAUUUAAGACGGAGGUCUUUGUUUCAGGAGUCUCAGACUCCCUCGUGCUCAGUUUCAGCCCCAAGCCUGUCCAGAGGAAAGAUAUUAGGAUCCCGCCUGAUGGAUCAAAAAUGUGAGGAAAAUUCCUCAGUGUAGUCCUGACUUCUCCAAACAAAUACUCAGAGUCGUCCCUCAAAUCAAAGCAAAGGUUUACUUGCACAAGGAAUCACCUGAACAGAGCAGAGUGUGAACGAGUGACUGGCAAUAGGUGGAAACAGUUCAGUUUUUAAGCAGGCACAUAAACCAGUUCCAUUGGUAUGAUCAGUUCAUGAACAGCCAGCUUCAACCGGCUGCUUGCAGGAUCAACUUGUUUUAUUUUCAUGGUCAAAGUUAGAUCUUGUAAACUUACUGGCUGCGUUGGCUCAUAAGAGUUCACAGUCACACAGUAGUUUGAAAUCAUAAAGAGUACUAAUCAUUACAUCAUUAUAAUUAUAUAACAGUUGUACGGCUUAUAGAUCACAUUAAAGGUGGAAAAAGUUGUGAUAUUUUCUCUUGAUGUGAUAUUUCACAUCACAAAAACCUGGCGUUUGAACAGGGGUGUGUAGAUUUUUUAUAUCCACUGUAGAUGCAUGAUUGAAAGAGAAAUAAAUCACCCAAAAUAAACUGCACCAAGGGCUGCAUGGUGGCUCGUUUGGAAGGAUUUGACAUAUUGUUUCUGUAAACCAGAACCUCCCCAGUUCGAGUCCCGGCCCGGGCAACAAAAACUAAAAGAGGAACAAAAGCGUUCACGUUGUUGACCAACAUGACCCCACAUGACCUACAUUUAGCACAGCAAAAAAACUCAGGUUCUCCACAAGACGGCGGAAACUUGAGAAGAGGAGGCGUUUUGCUGCCACAGGAUGUUUUCUUUUUUGUCUCUCGGGGAGUGUGUGAGCUUCAGUCGCUGCUUCACCCUCUGUGGGAGUGCUCCAGUGCUUCAGUCAAGAGGUUAUGAAGCACACGUGCAUGGAAGCAGCGCCGAUGGUAUCCACUCAGAACUGUCCAGUUGGACGGAGGAGCUUCGGGUUUUAGGUGAUGAGGGAGAGAAGCGUUCUGCUGGAGGCACACUUUCAGGCCCAGAGAUGAAGAUGGGAUUCUGCUGGAUGCUCAUAAUCCUCCUGGGGUGCAGGUUAUCUCAGGCGACUCCGAGCAAAUGCACCUGCGAUGAUGAGACUGUGAUCUACUUUGUCCCUGAAAACGGCAGCAUCCAUGUGCGGGUGCCGUGCCCGAACGUGACCGGUGAGGAAUUGAUGUUUUUCCUUCAUAAAGACCAGGAGGUGAUCUACAAUCACACGUACAGGGAGGAGAUUUCACAUGGCAGGCUGGACGUGAAGCUGGACAAAGACGGAGAGAAUAGAACUGUGGGUUUCAUCCUCACUCAAGCAACAACCGAAAGCCAGGGGAGCUACAAUUGCAAGGCCACGAAGAGAUACCCUCCUCCCUAUUUAGAGAAAAGGGGUCAGGGGAUCCUGCUGCUGGAUGAACGAUUCCGCUUCCAACCCGGAAACACCCCAACAGAGGGACCAGCUGUAGAAGAAAUCCAAAGCUUUCCGUGGAUUUGGAUCACGGCGGUGGCACUUCUCAGCACCUACAGCCUCGUGGUCACCGUCUUGGCCUUGGUCAGCUGGAUGAAGCUGAAGAAGACGGACUGCCAGAGCGACUACAUGAACACCAAACCCAGAGCACCCCGGGGCAACAAGAAGAAAAGAGGGGUUCAGAAUCCCAUCCCUCGUUACUUCUGAUUCCUCCACCGGAUCAUUUGCACAUCUAUCGGACCCAAACAGACGGGGCGUCCUUGUAGUAGCAUAUUCUGAAGAGGACAUUUACUGAGAGCGUUUUGUUUUGUUGCUGUAUUCUGUUGUCAAUCCUGUAGUUGUUCUGUGUCUACGCGGCAAAAGUAGCAGUUCUUUAUUACACUUAUGGCUGUAUGAAAUGAAAGCAGAAGAAAAAAAAAAACACCCUGCAGUUCUGGUUUUACUCACCUCCUGUUUCACUCUCUCGGUGUUUCUCACACACUUAGAUGUGUCAUUAGAAACCCCUAUCUCUGUGGUCGAAAGAGAAGGUGCUGCCUCACAGAGGGGGAUUUAACCACAUUUAAAGGGCUUCCUAAUCUCUGUGUUGACAUUUUUCAACACAAAAAAUUAGCCGUUACAGGCCUCUAGAAGCACAUAAGAUCACGCCGAGCGAUUACAACUGCACUGCGCCUCUGUUUCAAGCUUGCCGGCUCUUAUUUCCACGAAAACAAACAACAGAUUGUGUUCUCAGACACCGUCGGCGAGGCUGAUGAGAAGCAGAUACACGACGAGGAGCGGAGAACACUUCAAACAAUAACAAUCUGCACGGCUUCCUGUCUUCCUCCCUCUACUUUUUUUCCUCCUUGGUGCUUUCUGCAGAUGUAGCUGCUUCAAAGGGACUCCACCCACCUCUUACCUUGCUCACCUUGCAGUUUCUGUGCAGCUACUGCAAGCAGCGCUCACACUGCUUUUAUUGGUUUCAUUUAGGAGCCAGCCCAACGGCAUCGGCAAAUCUGACACACCGUUUCGGUUAGGAUGGAUCUUUUGCAGAACCUGAGCAAAGAAAAGUUACUUCAUGCAAAUUUUACUGAAUCAUAAAGACGCUCAAAUAUUUCGGCCUUGAUCAGGAUGUGGGUUUUAUUUCUAGAAACACAUGAUUCAUGCACUUAUUCCGGGUAUAGCUCACUAAUUCCAUCCUUCUGUCUGGUACAAACAACAGUCUAGCAUCAGAGGGCAGCAUUUUCAUCACGUGUACCUUUACUGGCAGGUCGUGUUUGAGGCACCGCAGUCAUUUUUUUAAAUAGGCUUUCUUAUUCUUCGAGUCGUAAAACCUGUGGUUACGUCAGGAUCUCAGCUGCUCCACUGCAGUCUGUGUUUCUGAUCUGUGGAGUUCUGGAAAUAUCCGUCCCCUGAGGGUCUCCGUCCCGUCUUCGUCAGACUGCAGCUCCUGCUCCGUCACCUGGGGAACAGGACGAGAAUGAAAAUCACCGAAACGAACUGAACACUGAUAAUUCUUCCAUUAGUAGCAUGAUUUGUUCUUUAAAGGAGGAUCCUAAUGGUUACUGACAUGCUGCAGGGUGUAUGCGUUAUGUUUUGAUUGUAUUGAACAGGGGUGUCAAACGGGUGGCUCACGGCCCAAACGCGGCCCGCCAGAAGGUCGAAUCCGGCCCGUGGGAAAAUUACAGGGAAGACAUUAAUUGUAAAUCUGUCAAACUGUAAAUUUAAAAUAACUUCUAGAUGUUGACAAGUUGUUUUGAUCAUAAAGUAAAAUACCAGAUUGUUCCGUUCCAGAUACCUGAGAAUAAAUGUUUUUUUCCCUCACAUCUGUAAGUUUUCGUGUAUAAAUGAUAAACUGAGGCGUAAUAUUGUUGAAGUUGCACUUAUUUUUCUUCAGGAACUUGAGGUCGUUCAUCAUGUUUUGACUUGUUUGCACUAAAACAAAGGGAAACAUUGGAGUUGUUGUUAUUUAUGGGAUAUUAUGCUCUGAUUUUACUGGUCACUUGAGAUGUAAUUGGGCUGAAUGUGGCCCCUGAACUAAAAUGUUAUCGAACAAAUGCGGCAAUGUAAUAUUGUGAUUUUUUAACAUUGUAAUUUGAGGCUUGAAGAUUAUGAAAUCAAAAUGUUAUAAUAAAAAGCUGAAACACAA